AAUAUAAUAAAAUAAAAAUAAAAAUAUUUCAUACACUCUCUAUCUCUCUCUUGAAAUACCUUAAUUCAUUUUCCAUUUUUUUCAUUUCCCAAAUUUCGAAUCUACCCUCUUUCUCUUUCUCUCUCUAUCUUUUCCUUUCUUUCUCCUCAUGGACCCAUCCUCGAUCUCUCCACCACCACCACCUCCACCUCCGUCUACCAACGCCGUCCCUUUCGCCGUCGAACCAAACAACCACCCUCCACCACCAGCACAGCCACCUCUCUCAUCUCCACCUUCAACUCACCCUCCAUACGCUGAGAUGAUAUACAACGCAAUUGAAGCUUUGAAAGAGAAGAACGGUUCAAGCAAAAGAGCAAUAUCGAAAUACAUAGAACAAGUUUACAAACACCAACUCUCACCUGCUCACUCCACCUUGUUGACUCAUCACUUGAAGCGUUUGAAAUCCCAAGGACUGCUCGAAAUGGUUAAGAAAUCUUACAAGCUCUCCAACUCUACUACUAGAUCUGCUGCUUCUCAACCUUCUUCUUCAACACCAACUACUUCUAGACCACGUGGCAGACCAAGAAAAACCCAAACCCAAACCCAAACUCAACUCGAACCUCAGCCUCUUCCUAUUGUUGUUGCUAAUAAUAAUAACACUCAGCAGAAUGCUGAGCCCGUUUGGGCCGCGCUUGGGCUUGCUGAUGAGCCUGUUGCUGUUCAACCUGUUGAUGUUGAAGGAAGUAAAAGACGUCCGGGCCGUCCGAAGAAAGACGCGGGCCCAAGUCUAAGCCCGGGUGUGAAUCUGAACGCGAAUUCAAAUCCGGUUUCGUCUACGCCGUCUAGGAGAGGACGUCCUCCUGGGUCUAAAGGUAAGUCAAAGAAGAGGCCCGGACGUCCUCCGAAGGCGAAGACUGAGACUAGUUCUGCGGCGGAUGUUUCUGGGGUUUCGAAGAGACGUCCAGGGCGUCCGCCGAAGAAUGAACAGCAAAAUCCGACACCGAUACCGUUUGCUGCUGUGCCUGAAGCGGCAGUGCCGGCGGCGGCGGUGGAAGGUGUUGCUGAUUUGACUCCAAGAUCUAGAGGACGGCCUAGAAAGAAUGCUGCUGUGGUUGCUCCUGUUGCUGCAGUUGGUGGUAGCGGGAGAGGUCGUGGUCGUGGACGAGGUCGCGGUGGUGGAAGAGGACGUGGUGGUGGUGGAGGAAUUACCACGGAGGCUAGACCUGCAGGGAAAAGGCCUGUGGGCCGUCCAAAGAAGGGAACAACACCUGCUAGUGCUCAACAAAAUGCUGCUAAUGAAGAUCUCAAGAGGAAACUUGAACACUUUCAAGGAAAAGUCAAGGAAUCUCUUGCAGUGCUUAGGCCUCAUUUUAACCAUGAAAGUCCAGUCACUGCAAUAGCGGCAAUUCAAGAGUUGGAAAUACUCGGAACCAUGGACCUUAACGAACCACUAAUAGACGAAACACUUCCGCAGCAUCAGAACCUGCCAGAACAAGAUCAGCAGCAACAGCAGCAGCCGCCGUUGCAACAGCAGCUGCCACCACAACAUCUUCCGCAGCAACAACAGGUGGCGCAGCCGCAGGUUUUUCAACAAUAUCCAGCGUUUCAUAUGCAGGAGUACCAAUACCAGCCGCAGCCAGUAUACCAGCAGCCACCACCGCAGCAGAACCAACAGUUUCAUCCAUAGGAAUCAAGAAGCACCAGGUAGGAAGAAGAAGAAUUUUCAUGGCCCUGGAUUGAUUAUGAAGCUUAGGAAGAUUUUAUAUAUGGUCUUCAAAUUUGAUUAUGAACAAAAGUUGUACAAGUGUUUUUUAACAAAAAGGCACACAUGAGGUGACAGAUUUGUAAAGCGAGUAGGCAGUAGCAGAUCUGAUUUUUCUUUCUUUGAGUGAAAUGACUGUCCUGUCCUGUCCAUUUUAGUUUGUUGUUGUUGUGCACUGUUUUUAGGAUUGACCCCUCAAGUAAUUUUUAGAUUUUAGAGUACUGAUGAUUCUGUUAUUCAAGUUAUAUUUGUUUGACUAUGAUGAUUUUCCUUUUUUUUAA